GGAAAAGGCUGCCAGCAGCCUCAAUCUCGCGGCCCAGCACGCUAUCGAUCAAGCAUACGUUCCAGCUGCCCGGUCAUCGCCAGGAGGCAGCAAGAAAAGCGCGCGAGACCGCCCAGGAGACGCAAGAAGCAGGGAGAGCUCACGCGUCCGCCUCCACGCCAUCGGCGCGACAGGCCCACGCGGGAGACGCCAGGGCCCGGGAGAGGCCACGCGCCCGAGACGCGGCCUUAGAACGAAGCCAGAACCAUGACGCGCGGCGCCGGUAGCUACCACUUCGCCCUGCGCGAGAAGCUCAAAGGCUUCGAGAGCAUCAAAGCCAUACAAGAUAAAGGCCUCGUUUACGACUAUACGACGACGCUGGGCGUCCAAAAGACGGCUUUUGCGGUGGAUUCGAUAGAUGAGGCGAAGCGCUUCUACAACGAAGUGUUAGGUUGUCCAGAAGUCACCUUUCGCAGCCCGUACUUCCUCGAGGUCCCGCUCUUCGGCAAGCUGUUCGUGGCCGUACUCAUAGACGGCUACCGGGGGCCACCACCUCAACGGGCGCGGACGGUCGUGCAGGAGCCGUGUUUUGGGGUUGAGACCACUGCCGUGAAUUUCCGCGCGUUCGUGGCGCGAUUGCAACGAGCUGGCGUCCCCUACGAGUACGUGGCGUCGCCCGACUUCGAGAACGGCCUGACCUGCUGCUUCUGCGAGGACCCGGCGGGGCACCGUUUGUACGUCGCCGCCGACGUUCCCCGGCCGGCGACGCGGCGGGCCUCGCUCGAAGGCCUCGACCUGUCCGCGAUGACGCAAACGCCGUACACGCUACCGUCGCGCGAGGACGCGGCGACGAGUCGCUAUACGAUCACGCCGCCGCCUCCAGAUUACACCGAUGAUGCGGAGGGUAUGAGGUGGUAUCCAUGUGAUCGGGCGGACGAAAGUCUCGCGCGGCCGAUUCCCGGGACGGCACAACGCGAAAUCGUCGUCGCGGCGCCGGCGCCGACGCGGUCUACCCGGAGGAAAGCGCGCGCCCCUACGCGCACGUCGACCGACGCGCCGCCGGCGCCGUGGCGCUCAGGCGUCGCGCUAUGUGAUGAACGCAUCGACGCGUUCAGGGUGAUGCUGUCGAAGAGGCCAGCCGCUCAACCCCCUUGGCGCUGCCUGCAUUGUUCCACGGAGAACGAGCCCGUCGUCGACUGGUGCCGCCUCUGCCGCGCGGGGCGGAUACGGGUGGUGUCGCUAGCAAUAGCCUCGUAAGAAACUUAUCAC